AUGCAACUAAUGAAUGUUGUUGAUAGUAGUUCUUGCAAAUAUACUAACAAUCGACAUACUAGUAAACGAUGCCAACGAUGUAAAACCCUAAAACAAGCGAGCAAAAUUCAAGUAAAAAUUUACGAAUGUCCAAUGCCAUUGGAACACGAGAGUGCAUUAGUCAUUAUUUUUGAAUUGCAAAUGACUAUUGAAAUCACAUGUUAUCGAGAUACUAUUUGGCAAUUUAUAAAUCGUCCUAAACCACAACCAGAGAGUCGUAUGCACGAAUGGUUAACCGUUUCUCCUUAUGACAGUAAGUUAAAGCCAUUCUAUACCGGUCCCAGUAAUCGCAAAGUCAAACUAGUAUCUUCUACUAAAUCCAUAACUCAAACUCACUAUUCCACUCCACCAUCAAUUGUAUCCACGCCUGCCAAAGACUUUUUAUUCGAAAAUAGUCUGAAGAUUCAAAUCUCUCCAAUCAAACCACUUGAAUUCGAGGAUGAAUGUCGUAUAUUGACACCUCAGCUUGAUCAUCCAGAUUAUAAACAGUUACAAUUUACUAUAAACACAACACAAUUCAUUCAAAAUCAUGUCAUUGUUCAACUAUCUAAUUAUUCACCAAGUUUGAAACCCGCACAGCUAGUAGAAUUCGACUCAUUUCGUUCCGGCCAUCGUUUACAAUGGUGGAAUCUUUUGUCAAUUUUUGAAAUGGAUUCAUUAUCUUUUGCUGAAGAGAGUGUAGCAAUAUUGAUUAUACAUUCGAUAUUACAAUAUGGUCCAUUGAUAUCAGGUUCAAGCACAUUGUCUAAUUCUUGGUGUCCAGAAUCACAUCAACACUUAUUAGAAGAUCAUUUUAUCGAUGAAUUAAUUUCAAGAUUGGAUCGUCAUUUAGAUGACUGUGACUUAAAUUGGCAGAAUGAAUUGGUAUUAGUCGUCAUUACGAUGAUUACGAUGAGAGUGUUAACCAUUUGUAAUGCAACAAGAGUAGAUAAUGUUGUUAAUUUAGCAAUAAAAUGUCGUAAAAUUGGUGAGAAAUGGAUUGAUCUCAUCUCAAAAAGUAUUCAAACUAUAUCUCCAUCAGCAUUGGAUGAAGUGGAAAAACUUCGUCUUAAAAUAGUAAAUGUUGGUGUUUCCUGUAUCUUAACAUUUUCAACUGACCAAGAUCGCAUCAGUCUUUUAUUGUGA